UGCAAAGGUAGCAAAACUCCAAAAACAAAAACAUUAAAUGAUUAUUUUCAGUUUUCUGCAGCUCACAAGUCAACUCGAAGCUUUACAAUCUAAAUGCAGUCGAGAUUCUGUUGAACCUUCCAUUGGUGUUUUAUUUUGGCAUUGAUUUAAUUCUGAUAAUGGCAAACAGAUACACUUAUUUAACCACACGUGCAGUUUCUCAUCGCGAGAGAGUCUGCUCGCUUUACAAAAAGGCUCUUCGCACCAUUGAAAGUUUCAUUGUCGAGAGGACUGGAUAUAGAUACCGAGCAGUUCUGCUGCGACAGCGAUUUGAUCAAAGAAAAGAUGAAAAAGACAUGAGGAAAGCGCAGAAAUGGGUCGAAGACGGAGAAGAAGAGCUGUUCCGUAACCAGCAUCCGAUACCGUUUCAGUUUCAAUAUUCUCCAGGAGGUAAUGCAUACCAACGGUACAGCCCGAAAAUGGACAGUUUGAUUGAUAUGUGGCAUCCGAUGGAGAAAGCGCAAUUUCCGCACUACUUCAAACGCCGCGAGCAGAGCAAAGAUGAAUUUAUUAAAUUCUGGGAGAAGCACCACAACCGUGGCAAACCAUACGAUUCACACGAAGAAGAGUGGAAAGGAAACUGGGAUGAAAAACCACCGGCUGAGUAUCCGAAUCCGGAUCAUAAAAAAGCCAAAAUUGAUGAGGUCUAUAAUCCGACUGUCGCGCCAGGGAGCAGAUACACCUAGCUUCCUGUAGAUGGGAUUGAGCAUGCGUGAUGCUUUGCUUAACUGCAGAAGUGUUGAUUAUAGUUCGUAGUUGUAAAAAUUUUAUUGCGUAGCGGAUAACUUCUUUUGAAUUUGGCAUUUUCUACGAGUUGAGUCGUCACUAUCAUUUAGAGUAGACCCGUACAGAUUGUAUAAAAUUUAUUCUGCUUGA